AUGUGCAAUCUCCGCCAACUGGAGGGUGUCUCGUCGCCUGAGUUCAAGCAGCUCUACCGGCUCCUUCGCCGCGGCGAUGCUUUCUCUGUAACCGGUAAACCGCACCGUACGGGUCGGGGAGAGCUCACCGUCGUCGCCAGUGAGCUUCCGCGACUGCUGUCGCCGUGUCUGCAUGAUGUCCCGCUGGACGCGACGGCGCAUGAGAACUCGCCUUACCCGCGACAUGUGCAGUUCCUGGCCGACCAGACCACGGCCGAUAUCAUCCGGGCCCGGUCCGCCAUCAUCCAGUAUCUGCGACAGUUCUUUCUCGACCGGUCGUUCAUGGAAGUCAACACCCCGAUUGUGGCGUCGAUUGCCGGCGGCGCCAUUGCGCGGCCGUUCUAUACGGCGGCCACAGAGUUCCCCGAGCGCCAGCUAUCGCUGCGAAUUGCGCCGGAGCUGUGGCUGAAGCGGCUGGUCGUGGGAGGAUUUGACCGCGUGUUUGAGAUUGGGCCGUCGUUCCGAAAUGAAGGCCUCGACAAAACCCACAACCCCGAGUUCACGACCUGCGAGUUCUACCACGCCUACGCCAACCUGGAGGACCUCAUGUCCAUCACCGAGACGCUACUCUCCGGCAUGGCGGGGCACCUCCGCCAGCUCAACCCAAACGGCACCCUCCACCCUCCCGACGUCGACUUCACCGCGCCCUUCCGACGCAUCGACUUCAUUCCCGGCAUCGAAGCCAAGAUCCACCGCAAACUCCCUGACCUCGCCGCCGCCGACGCCCUCCCCCAGAUCAAACAGCUCUUCGCCGACCUCGCCCUCGAGCUCCCCGCGAACCCGAGCCUCCCGCGUCUGCUCGACGAGCUCUGCAGCACAUACGUCGAACCCGACUGCAUCCACCCGACCUUCAUCAUCAACCCGCCCGAGUGCCUCUCCCCACUGUCGAAAUCCUUCACGCACCCGACGACGGGCCAGCGCGUCGCCGCGCGCGGCGAACUCUUCAUCGAGGGCCGCGAGAUCGUCAACACCUACGAGGAGGAGAACUCGCCGUUCGAGCAGCGGCGCAAGUUCGAAGACCAGGUGCAGUACAGCAAGGAGGCUAACGAGGCGGAGGAGAUUGACGAGAGCUAUCUCGAGGCGCUAGAAUGGGGCUUGCCCUCGACGGGCGGCUGGGGCUGUGGCAUUGAUCGCUUGUGUAUGUUGUUCACGGGGGCGAAGCGCAUCGGCGAUGUGUUGCCGUUUGGGAAUCUGCGCGCUGUUACCCGGCGGAGCUGUUGA